AUGGGGAAUCCAGUCGUGUGUCUCACUUGCUACGGUCGACUUGUAGAGUCGGUCGCAGAAGUAUGACCACAUGAAAAAGGUCUUUGUUACAGUUUGUAUAUGUUAGAACAUCAUCAAAAGUUUAGGGUAUCAAUCAACGAGCUUCAUAUCGAGCGGAGAAAUGCCAAAAAUCAUUUCUCUGAUAUUGCUGGCCACAGCUGGAACGGUGUUGAUGAGUGAAUUGAAGUGGAUGACUGGCACAACAACACAAGUGACGAAAAGAAGCGGAACUGUGACGGAUUUAGCCAGCAUCUACGACAAGGCGACUAAACAUCAUCCAGCGAUUGGCAACAAACGUCGCCAUCACACUGGCCGGCUUCAUGCCAACGGAUGGACCACUCGGUCCGCGGCGGAUCAACAUCCGGUAGACACUGCGUUUCUUUCAUCUUCGACGCCAUCGAGUGUAGCAACUGAACAAGAAGUAGACCAUAUUUUUCAUCACCAGAGAAACAAUAAACACGAUGCCAACGUCACGGCUUCAGCGCAACCACAACAAACAACGCCACAUCCUUAUAACGGACGGCACGUUUGCACGCACGAAGAGACGAUAACACGACCGAUCAGAGUGGUGGAAUCCUAUUGCAAACCAGCCUAUAAAUCGUUCACUCAACGUUGUAGCAACGGCACUAUGUGCACGGCCUUCAGGGUGCAGUACGACACGAUCUACAGACAAGUUGUCAAGUACCAGACCACCACGGAGAAAAAGCACGCGUGCUGUCCCGGAUGGACCCACGCGGCCAAACACACCCACGGAUGCUUACAAGCUGUGUGUAACAAAGGAUGCAAGAAUGGCGGCACUUGCGUCAAACCCAACGUCUGCACGUGCGCUCCGGGAUACACUGGCCCGUCUUGCGAGUCAGACCUCGAUGAAUGUGCAGCACCAGGCAACAACGUUUGCCAGCAAACGUGUAUCAACUCCGCCGGAAGUUAUCAAUGCGCCUGUCACGAGGGUUUCCAGCUGCAAGACGACGGUAGAUCCUGCAAAUUUCGAUUGGAAUUGAUUCCAGAGCUUCAAACACUUUUAACCAACUACGAGUCCAUGUCUAAACGAUUGGCCGUGCUGGAACAGGAACCCAGAUUCAACAAUAGCGUGAGUCCACCGAUUCCUACCGCACCGCAGGUAGACAUUGUUGACUAUCAGUCAACCAUAGCCAAUAUGACAGAUCAUAUUUUCUUAUUGGAAGAAAAGCUGAACAAACUGCAAAAUGAGACGACUUUGCUGAUUGCUAACAGCAGUAAUCGCGUGGAAUCCAGUGAAUCCUCAAACAGUGAUUUCGAAUCAUUGAGCGCACAGAUAUCCAUUCUCGAGGAACGAUUGGCCGACUGUACAUGCACAAUGACCCCAUCCGUUAAUGCAGUCAAGAUGCGCCCUUAGCCAACUUUGCGCCGUCCAACUUUCCCAACUAUCUUGCCACCGAGCGGAUCGUCACUUCCUUAAAAGUCCAAUACAUUAAAAGAAACACGAUUCGAACCAAGCCGAACUUCCAUCCCCUUAUUUUUUCGCAUCAUCACAUCCAAGCCACUGACUGCCACGUGACGUGACUGUUUUUUUCUUGUUUUUUUUUUCAAUCGUUUUUGUUUUCGAAUUCUGGAAGUUAACUGGAAAUAUAUAGACACGCUAUCAUCGGA